GCCGCGGCCGCGCUGAGGCGAUGGGAGGCGGCGGGGUCGGGCUGCGGCUGGCGCUGUUCGGAGCGCGCCUGGCAGCGACGGCGAGCGCGGGGCAGGGCGGCUCGGGACCCGGCAGCAGGAGCCUCUCCGCCAUGUCUUCACAGUCUCACUGGUUGACAACAGAGGAAAGGACCCAAGUUUUACUUGACCUCAAAGCUUCAGGAUGGUCUGAGCUGGGUGAAAGAGAUGCCAUCUACAAAGAGUUCAAUUUCAAAACUUUUAAUCAGGCUUUUGGAUUUAUGACACGAGUUGCUCUGCAAGCAGAAAAGAUGAAUCAUCAUCCCGAAUGGUUUAAUGUGUACAACAAGGUUCAGAUAACUCUUAUUUCCCAUGACUGUGGAGGACUGACCCAAAGAGAUGUGAAGCUGGCUCAAUUUAUUGACAAGGCUGCUGCUUCUGUGUAAUAACUGAAUGUUGAAAAUAGCAUUGCCUUCAGACCACUUUAUAUUUGAACUUUAUCAUUCAGUGAAGUGUUCUACAUUCUAAAUUGCUGCUGCCCCUUGUAGUGUAAAAUGAUUUGUAAUAAAAUUAGUUUAGCAGCAGCAUUUAAAAAAAACAAAACUCAUCAACCUUAGUCUGAGAACUGCCAAUACCUCAUACUUAUCAUUACUGGUCACACGUACAAUACAUCAGACAAAGCAACAAAGGUAAUUUUGAACAAUCCUUCCUUAGAAAUUAACAUAGACUUUUCACAUUAAAAACCCAAACCAGAAAUGUGAUUCGCCAUUAUUCCACAAUGGAUAAAGGCCAGAAUGACUGCUGGGAUCCUUCCAGAGUGAUAGGAUUCUCCAAGCCCAUAGCCUAGUAACCCUGCAGGGAGUAAUAGCACUGGGGUACUGCCAAGUGAGCGUGCCUUAUUCUUGAUCCCAGCCAGCAGGACAUUUUGGUAGCUUUCUUUCUCUGUACUCUUGUAUGCAGACACCAAUAGUGGUGAGGUGCUUUUCAGACCUGUCACCUUCCCAAUAGCAGGAUAUUGAGGGCUUGAUCCUGCAAGCUGCUGAGUACCCUGGCCUUUAUCCGUCAAAGCACUUAAGGACAUAUUGAACUUUAAGCACAUGAAUAGUCCUGCUGAAGUCACUGGAAAUACUCAUGUACUUGGGUGAAGUGCUUAAAUAUUUUGAUGGAUUGGGGCCAGAGAACUCAGUAUUUGAAUCCUUAUUUUGUGAUAGCAUUCUCAUAUUUUAUUAAAGCCCAUCUAUAGGAAACGGGAGUGUGGACUAAGCUGGGUUUCCAUCACACCCAUAAGUGCUGCCAGCAGUAAAGGAAACAACGUUAGCAGGGUUCUCUUGAUAAUGUGGACAGGGCUAAUCUAAAGUUAUGGUGACCCGUUUUCUUAUAGUUAAAAAAAUUUGUUUGUAAAUCUUGUUCUAAGAGCUACAGAUCCUA